AUGAAUUGCACCAUUGGAGUAUACUGCACAAUUCCUGCUCCUGCAGUCAAAGUCCCAGCUGCGAGAGUUGUCGGAGGAGACGAGAGGAACAUCAAGAAGCUUCCAAUCUUGAGUCUCGGACGAAUAUAUGUCUAUUUGGUGAUGCAUGCCAUCGUCGUUGAAGCCUACCCGGAUUUGCUGUUUGAUCAGAAGUCUUGGAUUGCUUUGAAUACUGGGAGUUUUCUGUUUAGGAAUUGCCAGUGGUCUUUGGAUUUGCUUGAUGCUUGGGCUCCGAUGGGUCCCAAGGGGCCGAUACGAGAGGAGGCCGAGAAGGUUUUGAUGGUGAAUUUGAAGGGGAGGCCGGCAUUUGAGGCGGAUGAUCAGUCUGCAUUGAUAUACUUGUUGCUGUCGCACAAGGAUAUGUGGAUGGAGAAGGUUUUUGUGGAGAAUUCGUAUUACUUGCAUAGAUAUUGGGCUGGAUUGGUGGAUCGGUAUGAGGAGAUGAUAGAGAAGUACCAUCCGGGUUUGGGGGAUGAGAGGUGGUCGUUUGUGACCCAAUUUGUGGGUUGCAAGCCUUGUGGGAGUUAUGGGGAUUAUCCGGUGGAGAGGUGCUUGAGCAGCAUGGAGAGGGCUUUCAAUUUUGCAGAUAACCAGGUGCUUAAGCUUUACGGGUUGGUGGCUGGAGGUGGUGGUCUCCGGUGA